AGCUGGUCGAAGAAAUUCUCAGUCUCGAUUCGACCAUUUUCUUCUCUCUCUCAUGAGCUUGAUUCCUCGCGAGGCUCGUGUUGUCGCAGCAAUCCGUCGUUCGCCCCCGCAGCCUGCAUGAGUUUGUGCGUGGGAGGCUCGAGCAACGCCUGGUCCUUCAAGCUCAGGCACUUGAGGAAGCUCGGGAUUGGUGACUCGCCAACGCCAUGCCCCUCGCCGCCGCCGCCGUCGCCGUCUCCGCCGCGAAUCCGCUCUCGCUCCCCGGUCUCGCUCGUUCUCCGCCGCGGCAUUCCCCUCGCGUUCGCCAUCGCCUCACUUCUCGCCGAUGGUUGAACUUCACCAACCGCACGCUCGAUUCUGGAAGGUUUGACCAUUUGAGCUCCAGGUGUUCGAUAACAAAUACAGACGUACAGUAUGAUCAUGUUGCCACAGAUGAUGAGGUUUUGAGUGAAAAAUCAGUCAUAGAAGCUCACUGUCCAGUCCCUAUUGUUCACCUUAAACCUGACAUCCUUGAGUCUGACUCUGCAAGUUUACUAACUGAAAGAGCUUUUGUGGAUAGUCUCUUGACAGCAUUGCCUGUUUUGUCACUGGAGGAGCAGAAUGCCCUUGCAGCCAUUCCAGCCCACCCGGCAGGCUUAUAUGCCUUGUAUGCCACUUGCUUAGCUGGAAAUCUGGUGGAACAGUUAUGGAAUUUUGCUUGGCCAUCGGCUAUAGCACUGCUUCACCCAAGCCUUCUUCCUGUGGCAGUCAUGGGGUUUAUUGCAAAGCUUGCAAUAAUUGCUGGAGGCCCUUUAGUUGGAAAGCUCAUGGAUUCUUUUCCCAGAUUGCCGGCAUAUAACUUUUUAAAUACUCUUCAGGCAGCAGCUCAGUUGUUAUCUGCGGCGAUGAUAAUUCGAGCUCAUUCAAUUCCUUCUACUUCUGCAUCGGCUGUGAUUCUUUGUCCUUGGUUCAUCGUGCUUGUAUUAGCUGGUGCUCUGGAGCGGCUGUGCGGCAUAGCCCUUGGGGUUGCUAUGGAGAGGGAUUGGGUCGUGCUGUUAGCGGGUGUCAAUAGGCCGAUUGCACUCGCUCAAGCCAAUGCUAUUCUUAAUCGGAUUGAUCUUCUUUGCGAGAUUGCUGGAGCCUCUCUGUUUGGCAUUCUUCUUGCCAAAUACGACCCAGUGACCUGCUUAAAGUCGGCUGCUGGUUUAAUGAUAUGCUCGUUGCCUGUGACGGUUCUUCUAACAUGGUUGACAAACAAACUUUCAACUGGUGUUUUGGAUCGCCCUAAAUCCUUGCAUAAUUGUUGCAAAUCAUGCAACGGCGGAACUGUAAAUGAGACUGAUAGUAUGGCAGGUGUAGGUGUAGAAGCUAUCAAGCUGGGUUGGAAGGAAUACAUACAUCAGCCUGUUCUACCUGCAAGCCUUGCUUAUGUGCUUUUGUACUUUAACGUGGUUCUGGCUCCAGGAAGUCUGAUGACAGCAUUCUUGACACAGCGUGGUUUGAAUCCAUCCGUAAUUGGAGGAUUUAGUGGGUUAUGUGCCUUUAUGGGUGUUGCGGCAACAUUUGUGUCUGCAAACCUAGUCAAGCACCUUGGAAUAUUGAAGGCUGGAGCAGCAGGUUUACUCUUUCAGGCUUCACUUCUUACCAUUGCUGUAGCUGUGUACUGGAGUGGAUCUCUUUCUCAGCAGUGCCCUCUUCUCCUUUUCCUCUCGUUGAUCGUAUUGUCAAGGUUGGGUCACAUGUCGUAUGACGUGGUCGGGGCACAGAUUCUUCAAACCGGGAUUCCAUCUUCCAAGGCUAAUCUUAUUGGGACGAUGGAGAUAUCUGUAGCAAGCUUGGCAGAGUCUGUGAUGUUGGGAGUAGCAAUAGUUGCCAAUGAUUCUUCACAUUUUGGAAUUUUAGCGAUGUUGUCACUUAUGUCUGUGGUUGGGGCGGCUUGGAUGUUCUGUAGGUGGUUGUUGAACCCAACAGACGAGCAAAGGAGUCUUUUUGCUUUCGAUGUUCAGUAAUAGCUUGUAAAUGUCUGUACAAGUUCAGUAGCUUUAGAAAAAUCCAUUUUUCUUCAUAGAUGCACAUUGCAUUCAGAAGAAUCUUUUGUAGGAUGCAUCCAGAAACUGCUGACAUCACAUGGACAUUGGUCUCAUCAUUUAUGCCAGAGGCAAUAAUCCUCCUGAUUGUGAGUUUACU